AUGACGCAAUUGCCUGAGGCUGAAGAGAUGGAUCCCCCAGAACCUGAUAUGGAGAUGUGGAGUGUAGAAGAGCUAAGAAAACGGUCCAAAGAAUUAAAUCUUCUUGAAGUAGCUGACCUUGUUAUCAACCAUGAAGCCAAAGGUGCCUCUCCGUGUGAGAAAAAAGAAAAUGACCGAAGUCCUUCAAAAAGCAGCAAUUCAGGCAGUCAGAUUACGGUAAGAACAAGCCCAGUCGUAGUAGACACGAUUCCUGUUUGCAGACAGUGCCAUAAAAAAUGUUUAUCGAAACCAAACAGCCCUUUAGUUUCACAAAAGGAACCGCCGGUGAUAUCUAUCAAACCAAAACCUGAAGCUUCACCCCAAAAUUCCAACUCUAACAAAAGUUCUGCUAGUACAUGUAGUGCAAAUUGUGGUAACCGUAAGCACAAAAACUUUUCACAUUUAGAACGUAAAGGUGCUUUCAAGAUACGUCCGGAAGAUGCCCCUAAAGUUGCCAUGAAAGUUAUAGAUUCAAUAGAACAAAGUCAAAGAAAGCUUAAAUCCACAUCUUACGAACUGAAAACUGAUUCACCCGUAUUUAAUAGAAGCGUCCGUUCGAGUCACACUAAGAGUCAGUUAGAGUUGAGGAAAGACAAUUCAGCUAUGUCACCAAGUCCGUCAUCAAGUAGUCGAAACAGUCCUCUAUCUACUAGCCAUACAACAUGUAGUUCCAUGGUAUUUAAUUCUAGUUCUAAUGAUUUAAGAAUGUCCAAUUCAAAUAUAGCCAAUCAGGUCCAAUGCGUCAUUGCUCAAGAGAAAUACUUAAAUGAAGUAAAAUGUGUUGAAAAUAUAACUUUAACAAAAUCAAAAACAGCCUCCUCUAACUAUCCGUCACCAACAUCGGCAAGAAAAGAGCAAAUUACAAGACAAAAGGCUGAAAAUGUUCUGAAUAAAGUAUUAGGUAUAAAUAUCGUUACAAAGAGGGAGAAUGUUGGUACUUGUCUAAAAACAUCAUCAGUAUUUUUAGAAGAUGAUUCAAUUCAUGAGGACGACAAUGAUUUUAAAAUAGAAAGAGGACUCAGAAGGUCUCCCAGGAUGGGCAUUUCAGCUGUGAGUAAAAUGAACGGAGACAUAAAUAAGAAGACUGAUGAUAUAAAUGCUAAUAGCACGAUUGAUGGUGGAUCUGAUGAAGAUUUAGAGUUAGGUCCUUUGAUGUUAAUGGGUUUAUCGGCUAUCAAUCCCGCAGCACAUUUGAUGCGAGUAGAGCCCUUCAAAAGACCAUCAGUGACGAGCUUAAACAAUCCUUGUUCAAGACCAGGUAGUCUUGGCUCAAUUAAAUCAGAAUCUCCUGUUCCUAACAUAGCUGUUGUACCCCCAACGCCAGACUAUAAUUCCACUAAUAAGACUGAUGACCUUGUAGAUGAAUCCCCAGAAUCUCCCGAUGUUCCAGAUGACCUACCUUAUGUAACUCUUAAAAGAUAUGGAACAAUGUCGAGCCUAGAGAGGCUACCGUCCGAUGAGACUGACGAUGGGAAUGUAAGACUGACAGCACAAGAACCGGAAUCAACAAAAGCUUAUAAUCCAGUGAGUGGUGCCGCAGGCGGAAUCAUGGGUUGGACUGCGAGAGCAGGUUCCUUUGUGGUAGAGAAGAUGAAUAUCUUCAGUUAUACAGAGAGUGUCCCGAACACCUCAAUUGCACAUAAGCAACCUUCAUUCUUAGAAAGAUGUCUUGGAGUCAGUGAUUGGAAGCCAGCCAUUGGUACAGAAGAAGGUACUCCUGAAACAGGAGAAGGAAGUGGGGCUAGUGGGGAAGAAGCAUGGGGUACGCCAUCUUCUGGUGAUCUAUCGGAUAACCUCCCAGAUUCUGAACACGGAACCUUAUCGUCUCCAACAAAGUCAUCAUCAUCGUAUGCGGGUGAUGAUGAUACAGAAUUAAUGAUGGAUGAACUUCUUAUGGCUCCAACGAUAACCGGACCUACUACAUUGCGACCUCUACUUCCAAGGGAUGUUUUCAGAAGAAGACUGGAACCUCUCUUGGAAGAAGAGUGCUCUGACAGUGACAGCGAAGACAACAAAGCGACUCCCACUAACUCAGAUGACCAGGUUAAAUCUCACAUUGUGACUGGUCCGCUGGUGCGGCGCUUGGCGCAGGGCAGCGCGCAUGGCCUCGAUGCUGACGACUGUUGCGACGCGCCGCACCCGCCGCCCUCUGCUUCCGAUCAAGAACCAGAGGGCGGGGGUGCGGGCGCCGCAGCGGAUGUUGGAGAGAGACGAGGUGGUGGCGCCAGGUACGAGCUGAGCCCCGACCGGACGCCCACCAACGAGGUGCCUUCGACGCUCUUACUAUCUGUUUCAAAAGAGUUUGCGGAGGUACGUGCCGCUGUUGCAGCUGGUCAUCGGGACUCAGCCAGCUCGGACAGCACGCCCUCCACACUCGAACGCACCACUAUACACAAUCCUACGAAUACGACCGCCGUGCAGCACCAACACUCACCUGUCUUGGAGCAAGCACCAGUACAGGAGGCUAUCUUACAACCGGAGGAACCGAGACCACUGACGCCGGAGCGACUCAGUCCUCGAGCGGAGAUGAGACUGGCACUGGACCAGGGGACAGAUAUGCUAGCAGAUCAAGAGACGCCCUGGGUACGUCAGGGUGGCGGGUCCGACCCCUGGUCGUUUCGCGUGGCGUGCCAGCGCUCUCUCCUCCGUCGUGUAGCGAGCGCAGACGCAGUGACGCUGUGCCGCGCGCACCCGCGCCGCACCGUCCCGCAUACUACUUCGCGCAAUUCUGUAUAUGCCUGGAAGGUUCCAGAAAACGAGAAACCUAUGGAGAUGGAGCAACUGGCACAAGCGGAAGCUCGGACGAUGCGUUCGCGGACGCGCUCUCUAUGCCAGAACGGGAAGAUAAUGGGUUUCCUCCGUCGCCGCGCAUCGUCCGAUAGCCCACGCCGCGAGCCGUUCCUAGUAACGGCAGCCCGCCCAUUUUCCCCCCGGCGCACGACCGUGAGCAACAACGGCUAUUACAAGAUAUGCUUUGUCAAUGGCUAUGUGUGA